UCGACCACUGGUCAGCAAGGCCCCGGAGAGGCCAGCGAAGAGGAGGGGCUCGUUGGCUUUACCGGACGCGCGGAGCACCCUCAAGGUGCCAAACGCUCGCUUGCUCCCUGUUCCUACAUCCUGGGCGUCUUCUCAGGCUGUCAUAUAACUCCUGAGAAUAGUGGUUCUUAACUCUGAUAGAAGUGGAAUUACUGGGCAAAGGGCAUUCAGAUUUGGGAGAAGUAGCCCCAGAAAUAAAAGCAUCAGAGAGACGAACAGCUGUGGCCAUUGCAGAUUUGGAAUGGAGAGAAAUGGAAGGAGAUGAUUGCGAGUUCCGUUAUGGAGAUGGUACAAAUGAGGCUCAGGACAAUGAUUUUCCAACAGUGGAGAGAAGCAGGCUUCAAGAAAUGCUGUCACUGUUGGGCCUAGAGAUGUACCAGGUCCAGAAACUCAGCCUUCAGGACUCUCUGCAGAUCAGUUUUGACAGUAUGAAGAACUGGGCCCCUCAGGUUCCCAAAGACUUGCCCUGGAAUUUCCUCAGGAAGCUGCAGGCCCUCAAUGCUGAUGCCAGGAAUACUACCAUGGUGCUGGACGUGCUCCCAGAUGCCAGGCCUGUGGAGAAGGAGAGCCAGAUGGAAGAGGAGAUCAUCUACUGGGACCCAGCUGACGACCUUGCUGCCGACAUUUAUUCCUUUUCUGAGCUGCCUACCCCUGAUACGCCAGUGAACCCCUUAGACCUUCUCUGUGCCCUGCUGAUCUCCUCAGACAGUUUCCUGCAACAAGAAAUAGUGUUGAAAAUGGCCCUCUGCCAGUUUGCACUCCCACUCGUGUUGCCUGACUCGGAGAACCACUACCAUACAUUUCUGCUGUGGGCCAUGCGGGGCAUUGUGAGGACAUGGUGGUCCCAGCCCCCAAGGGGCGUGGGGAGCUUCCGGGAAGACAGCGUGGUCCUGUCCAGGGCGCCCGCCUUCGCCUUUGUGCGCAUGGAUGUCAGUAGCAACUCCAAGUCCCAGCUUCUCAACGCCGUCCUCAGCCCGGGCCACAGGCAGUGGGACUGCUUCUGGCAUCGGGACCUCAACUUGGGCACCAAUGCCCGGGAGAUUUCGGAUGGGUUGGUAGAAAUUUCCUGGUUUUUUCCCAGCGGAAGGGAGGACUUGGACAUUUUUCCAGAACCUGUGACCUUUCUGAACCUGAGAGGUGACAUCGGGUCUCACUGGCUGCAGUUUAAGCUCUUGACAGAAAUCUCCUCCGCUGUGUUUAUAUUGACUGACAAUAUCAGUAAGAAGGAAUACAAAUUGCUGUACUCCAUGAAGGAGUCAACCACAAAAUACUACUUCAUCCUGAGUCCGUACCGUGGGAAGCGCAACACAAACCUGAGAUUUCUGAAUAAGUUAAUUCCUGUGCUGAAAAUAGACCACUCACAUGUCCUGGUGAAGGUCAGCAGCACUGACAGCGACAGCUUCGUGAAGAGGAUCCGGGCCAUUGUUGGGAAUGUGCUGCGGGCACCCUGCAGGCGGGUAUCUGUGGAGGACAUGGCGCACGCAGCCCGCAAGCUCGGCCUAAAGGUUGACGAGGACUGUGAGGAGUGUCAGAAAGCGAAAGACCGGAUGGAGAGGAUUACCAGGAAAAUCAAAGACUCGGAUGCCUACAGAAGGGAUGAGCUGAGGCUGCAGGGGGACCCCUGGAGAAAGGCAGCCCAAGUGGAGAAGGAGUUCUGCCAGCUCCAGUGGGCCGUGGACCCCCCUGAGAAGCACAGGGCUGAGCUGAGGCGGCGGCUGCUAGAACUUCGAAUGCAGCAGAACAGCCACGAUCCCUCCUCGGGGGUGCAGGAGUUCAUCUCGGGGAUCAGCAGCCCCUCCUUGAGUGAGAAGCAGUACUUCCUGAGGUGGAUGGAGUGGGGCCUGGCACGGGUGGCCCAGCCACGACUGAGACAGCCUCCGGAGACACUUCUCACCCUGAGACCAAAGCAUGGGGGCGCCACAGACUUGGGGGAGCCGCUCUGGCCUGAGCCCCUGGGGGUGGAACACUUCCUGCGGGAGAUGGGACAGUUUUAUGAGGCCGAGAGCUGUCUUGUGGAGGCGGGGAGGCUGCCAGCAGGCCAGAGGCGUUUUGCCCACUUCCCAGGCUUGGCCUCGGAGCUGCUGCUGACAGGGCUGCCUCUGGAGCUAAUCGAUGGGAGCACCCUGAGCAUGCCCGUCCGCUGGGUCACGGGGCUCCUGAAGGAGCUGCACGUCCGACUGGAGAGACGGUCAAGGCUGGUGGUUCUGUCAGCCCUCGGGGUGCCGGGCACGGGCAAGUCCACACUCCUCAACACCAUGUUUGGGCUGCGGUUUGCCACAGGGAAGAGCUGCAGUCCUCGAGGGGCCUUCAUGCAGCUCAUCACAGUGGCCGAGGGCUUCAGCCAGGACCUGGGCUGUGACCACAUCCUGGUGAUAGACUCUGGGGGCUUGAUAGGUGGGGCCUUGACCUCAGCUGGGGACAGGUUUGAGCUGGAGGCUUCCUUGGCCACUCUGCUCAUGGGACUGAGCAAUGUCACCGUGAUCAGCCUAGCUGAAACCAAGGACAUUCCAGCAGCUAUUCUGCAUGCAUUUCUGAGGUUAGAAAAAACGGGGCACAUGCCCAACUACCAGUUUGUAUACCAGAACCUUCAUGAUGUAUCUGUUGCCGGCCCCAGGCCAAGAGACAAGAGACAGCUCCUAGAUCCACCUGGUGACCUGAGCAGGGCUGCAGCCCAGAUGGAGAAACAGAGCGACGGCUUCCGGGCACUGGCAGGCCUGGCCUUCUGUGACCCUGAGAAGCAGCACAUCUGGCACAUCCCUGGCCUGUGGCACGGAGCACCUCCCAUGGCCGCAGUGAGCUUGGCCUACAGUGAAGCCAUAUUUGAAUUGAAGAGAUGCCUACUCGAAAACAUCAGGAACGGCCUGUCGAACCAAAACAAAAACAUCCAGCAGCUCAUUGAGCUGGUGAGACGGCUGUGAGUGUGCAGAGAAACCCAGUUCAGGUGUAGGAGGCUGCUGUGGGCAGCCCUGUCUGAUGGGGCACCCGUGUGGGCCGUGCCCUGGUGCCUGAGAAUGGCCGGUGCCCAAUCGACAUGAGAAGACAAGCAAAAGACAGAGGGUUUGGAGUCUCCUCAACAGUGUUAAGAGAGGAAGUGACCUCACAGACCAGCUCAGAGAUGUUACCAGGAAUAUCACAACUCCCAGGGUAGGGAGACACGCAGCAGUUUGUUCUGUCUCAGCUCCUGUCAAGGAUCCCGCGGGGUGGGCCCUCUGUAUAGCUGCUCUCUGUCACUGGCCCCUGGAGUGGGAGCAGUGUCCUCAGUCACUGCAGGCCCAGGCGGGCAGGUGGUCCCAGGACAGAGGUGGGGAAGUUGUCCUGAGGAAGUAGAAGUAGGCCUUGCUCCCGCCCAGCCCAAGGGCCUCCAGUGGACCAGCAUUUGAGAUGUGAGUGCCCGUGGUGCACAAGGCACUCCCAUGGCACUGUAUUUAUUGACUGAUCUGUGAAGGCUUCCCUGACCCCUGCCCAGGAAGAGUUCAUUGGUCGCUCUGUUGUGCCCCACAGCACUUUGUUAUACCUCUGCCACACACUUCACGCAGCGCGUUGUAACUCAUGUGUUUACAUGUCUGUCCCCCAGACUGUGAGCUCCUUGAGGGCAGGGACUGUACAUUCUCCAGCUCUGUGUCCCCAGGGCCUGGCACAUUAUAGAUGCUUAAUAAAUGUCUGUUGAAUGAAUGAAUGCA